AUGUUCCUCGACAUGCUUCAAAGGAAGAAGACCGUGCUCAACGAAAUGCAUAGCGUUGAGUAUGCUAUUGGAUGCCAUGCUUCUUCCGCUUGCUCCCUGCUGCGUCAUGUGCUGUGCCGUCUGAUUCUCAAAUUUAACGCUCCGAUCGAGUCAUUUGGGGUGUCUUGUUGUUCGAAGUCUGCAUCAACGGAAGGGCUAACAGUGCCCUGUAUGACCAAAUGGAGGUGGUUCCAUGUAUCUUGGAUCGAACACAAAUUGAUAACUUGGGCUUUCCUUUCGCUAUUGACAUGCAUUCGACCGUUCAGCAGUAUUGAGCACGGCGUGAGGUAG